UUUACGUCCCAUAAACAGACGAAACCUACAAAAAUGUCUUCAUCUGCAAUAUUUAUUUUGGACGUUAAGGGAAAAGUCCUCAUAUCACGAAACUAUCGUGGUGAUGUGGAUAUGGAGGUCAUCGAUAAAUUCAUGCCGUUAGUUAUGGAAAAAGAAGAUGAAGGCAUGUUGACUCCUCUUCUGCAGACCGAGGAGUGUACCUUUGCCUUCAUCAAGACCAACAACCUGUACAUCGUGUCUGCAACUAAGAAGAAUGCUAACAUCGCUCUUGUUUUUGCAUUUUUGUACAAGCUUGUUGAAGUUUUUUCUGAAUACUUUCAAGAACUUGAAGAGGAGAGCAUUCGAGACAAUUUUGUCGUCAUCUACGAGCUGCUUGAUGAACUGAUAGAUUUUGGCUAUCCGCAGACUACGGACAGUACGAUUCUUCAGGAGUACAUAACGCAAGAAGGUCAUAGACUAGAAAUGCACCGAAAAAUACCUACAGCAGUAACUAACGCAGUGUCGUGGCGAUCUGAGGGUAUACGAUAUAGGAAAAACGAAGUGUUUCUUGAUGUUGUCGAGUCCGUUAAUUUAUUGGCGAAUUCCCAUGGAACCGUACUACGAAGUGAAAUUGUUGGUGCAGUUAAAAUGAAGGUCUAUCUUUCAGGAAUGCCUGAACUGCGCUUGGGCUUAAAUGACAAAGUUUUGUUUGAGAAUAGAAGAAGCCAAGCUAAAUCAGUUGAGAUUGAAGAUGUCAAGUUCCACCAGUGUGUUAAGUUAUCACGCUAUGCAAACGAUCGGACCAUAUCCUUUAUUCCGCCUGAUGGUGAUUUUGAAUUAAUGUCUUAUAGAAUAAACACGCAAGUUAAACCUCUGAUUUGGAUUGAAUCUAUGAUUGAGCGACAUGCUCACUCCAGGGUUGAGUAUAUGAUUAGAGCAAAGUCACAGUUCAAAAGACGCUCAACAGCUAAUAAUGUAGAGAUUAUUAUUCCCGUACCAGCUGAUGCUGAUUCUCCAAGGUUCAAAACUACCACUGGCAGAGUGAAAUAUACCCCGGAAAACAAUGCUAUUACUUGGUAUAUCAAGGCAUUUCCUGGUGGCAAGGAGUUCUUAAUGAGAGCUCAUUUUGGUUUGCCCUCAAUACAAGGGGAAGAAUUGGAUGGGAGGCCACCCAUACAAGUUAAAUUUGAAAUUCCCUACUUUACAACAUCUGGCAUGCAAGUCAGGUACCUUAAAAUUAUUGAGAAGAGUGGAUAUUUAGCUCUACCGUGGGUGCGGUAUAUCACUCAGAAUGGAGACUAUCAAUUGAGGACAAAUUAACUUGCUUUCUUGUUGUGCAGUUUACAUUAUCGUUAUUUUAUACUGAAAUUAAAACAUGCAAUUAA